UUUCAGUACGCCAGCGGUGUGUCACGGAGGCUGCUGGGGGAGAACGGGAGUCGGGCAAAUAUUGAACCUUUUAACACACGCUGGCAUUACAUCGGGGCUGAGGGGCUGCCCCGACAGCUGUGAAACCCGAAUACCGCUUAGGUGGACUGUACGUUUCGUCUCUGUAGCCGCCCGUCCUCCCAAAUGACGGAUUUCAAGCUUGGGAUUGUUCGACUUGGCCGUGUGGCCGGGAAGACAAAAUACACACUGAUCGACGAACAGGACAUACCGCUGGUGGAAAACUAUGCCUUUGAGGCACGCAUGGAGGUAGAUGCAGAUGGCAACGGGGCUAAGAUUUUUGCCUACGCUUUCGACAUUGGCAAAGGCCGCUGGGCUGGAAGGCCACUGCAUGAGCUGCUCUGGGAGAAGCACAGAGGAGGUAUCGCCCCCAGCUUUCAAGUUAUCCACAUCAACUCUGUGACUGUGGACAACCGGCUAGACAACCUGCGACUGGUGCCAGUAGGCUGGAGCCCCAAGUCAGAGGAGACUUCCAGCAAGCAGAGAGAGCAGUCUUUGUACUGGCUGGCCAUCCAGCAGGUACCGGCCGACCCCAUGGAGGAGCAGUACCUGGAGCUGAGCCGCACACGCUACUACAACGCUAAUGGGGAGCUGGUGGAGGAGGAGGAGUGCUCCUGCACCUACUACGAGUGUCACUACCCCCCUUGUUCACUCAUUGAAAGGAGGCUGCGAGAGUUUAACAUCUGUGGGCGCUGCCAGGUGGCGCGUUACUGCGGCUCCCAGUGCCAGCAGAGGGACUGGCCGGCCCACAAGAAGCAGUGUCGCGAGCGCAAGCGGGUGUUGGCCCUGGAGUCUGAGCCCGAACGAUGAUCUGCCCUCAUCCUCAUCAGGGAGAGGAGGAGGGAGUAGGGGGGCAGGGUUAGACUUGGGGGAGGGGAAUGGGGACGAAGUGCAAAAUGGAAAAAAAUUGGCUGACAAGAGACUAACGACAGAGGACAAUGUUGGUUGCUUGAUUGGUUGAUGAGUGAUAGGGGGUGAGAAGCUGGAGGAGGGGAAGGAGAGUGAAGCAAAAAGACAACUACCACUUCCCAGAACUGGUUAAUUCUCCAUAGCUUGCUUUCCAUGUGGAUUUGGAUGAUGGGAGGAAAGGUAUUAUUAUUAUUAUUUUGUUUGUUUUUUGUUUUUCUCGAGGAGGGAGACCCUCGAGCUCCACCUGCUGCUAUGGUUUUGUAUGUGAGGGGAAAAGUUGUCCCACCGAAAAACCGGACAAGCUUCCACAGUCGAAUACGGACAGUUGUCGUCAUCCACUUUUUUCCUCCACCCAGCAGCUGGGUAUGAUGACGUUGUGCAAAUGGGGACCCAGGGGCCACAGUACCGUCAUUCAGCUGGUACAACGGGACACGGACCUUUUCACUGUAUUGCUCCCUUUCUGACCUCUCUGGUGCACACAGCUGCCAUCUUUCACAGUCAUUAAACACCCUGGCCACCUCCCGGUCUGUCACACUCCCCUGCAACCAACCACAACAUGCAUCAGAUAGAUUUCACUGAUUGAAUCACACUACCAGUAUUGUAUGUGUGUGUGUGUGAGUGUGUGAGUGUGAGUGUGUAUGUCUGCCUGCCUGUGUAUGCUUGUGUAUGUAUGUGUAUGUGCUGCCAAUAAGGACUGAAGGACAUUGAAAUGGUCAAAGUGGGUUAUGGGACGGGUUAAUGCUUAUCGUUUCAAUUUUAAAAGGGGCCAUAUCACAUGACUUGUAAAUUUCAUGAAUUGAUAGAUAUUUAAUCAGAAAUUACUUGGGGGUGGGGGGGAUUUUAACUUGCUCCAUGUUAAUCUUCUUACUAUGUUUUACCUGUUCUUGUUCUGGCUUUUAAGCUUUUUAUGUUCUAGAGGAGUUUUCCUGACCCAUGGUUUUUCAAAUCAAUCCUAUCAGACUUGUUUUGACUGUUGAAUGAAAAAUGUGCUAAAAGUUUUAAUUAGCCCAAGGGACUGGAGUUACUGUACUUUCAAAAAUCUGCUCCCUUUUUCCAUGCAGUUUCGAUGUGGCUCCAGUUGAUAUCUUAAAAAACUGGACAUGGUCUUGUAUGGUGCUCCUCCCGAUGCUGGUUUAAAUCCCUCCAGUCAGUCCAGUCAUGGUUUGCUUGGUUUUUACCUGACAACUUAUCUCUCCAACAGGUUUCUGGUAUUUGCAUUUGUGGAGUUUUUGGUGCGGGCGGUCCAGGGUGUAGUGCUCUGUUUCUUGUGUGAGAAUUUACUCUUUAAGGGUUAUUUUUGAAGAAAUUAUAUCAAUGGAGCUAUAUUUAUUUAAAUCACAUUAUUUGAUUGUGAAAUACAUUUUUGUCCUUCGAUGUAGUGAUUUCUUUUUGAAGACAAACAUGAGAAGUGAGUAAUACGGGACCUUUAUAUCACAUUUUUUUGCGAGGGGGUUGUAGGUUUCAGCCCUAUCACUUAAGGCAUUGUACCUUUUCCUGUGUUGAAAUCUGAUCUUGAGUGAAUGAGUCCUCCUCUCUGUUGAUCUCAGUGAGAUGAGUUGCCCCUCCAGAUUUUCCAAUGUAACACAGCACACUGUCGGUCUGUCACUACUUACUCCAGUGUGAGGGGACGUCCUGGAGUAAAAAAAAACAAACAAACUUGAAAUCCACCCCUCCAUGCGCACCACGGUUAAUAUUAUUUUGGUGACUGUUGUUAAGAAAGGCUCGGUACCGAUUCCUGAUUUUUAUUUCCUACUACAUGGCGGUCUGUCAAGUAAAAUUGUUCUGUGUCAACUUAUCCCCAAUCGCCUGCCUUCUCUCUAUUACCCACAUUGCACACCUGCUCAAUGUGUCCCAUUGUGUCUUAGGUGAUGAGUCCAGACACUCGCAUACAAGCAUGUAAUUCACAGACGUACAUGCGACUUGAUUGUUUAUUUUGUAUGUAUGUGAACAGGUUUUCAACACUGUGCACUAAAAAUUUGGCUCCCAUGUUAGCGUCUUUGUCAUAGAGGGGAUGAAGGGACGGGGUGUGAUUUUUGGAGGGAGUGUACAGAUUGUGUCUGAAAUCUUUUUUGUUUUGUAAGAAUAUAAGCAUUAAACACCUAGAAAUAAAGAGCUACAGUAUGUGAAUGGAAGUACAGAUGGGGAUAACCGUUUCUUUUCAGUGUAAAAUGAUGAAAUAAAUAAAAUGAACUUCAUCUGUGGGAGUUGGCUUGUUGGCUAGUAAA